UGUCACCACCAUCUCCUUAUCUCGGAAUGAACGCCUACUUGCAAGUGGAUCGCUCGAUGACACAGCGCGUCUAUGGAAUCUCGACACCAACCUCCCAAUUGGACCACCCCUCUAUCAUGAAGAUGCCAGCCUUUUUCGAUGGCGUACAAAGUGGCGCCCAGUCAUCCACAGCACGCGGUACUCAUCGUUCUCUCGCAAACAACCCUCGCACAUCCCUUCUCGAACGAUUUUCGUCCCUCUUCCAACACUCUCACCGCAACACCGAUGAUCCAACUGAACUCCAGCAACGUCCAAGGCGAUACAUCUUCUUUCGUGAUCCUCCUAUUGUCGAAGUUCCUCUAGUAAAGGACAGAGAGGUCAUAUUUACUGCUCCGCCGCCGCCACAAAAAACACAGCAGCAAACCCAGUCACACGCCCAAGGUUCGUCCAUGGCACUGCCUGCUCCAGGUACUAAUCCUACCACACCACCUGCAAAACACGCGCAUUCACUGCCCGUCCGUUUGUUGGCUCAUCUCGUGCUUCUUCUCUGCUGCGCAUCUCCUCAACAUGCCGAUGCCAAUGCACAAUCAACACAGCAGCAAGGCCAAUCACAAUGUCAAGCCCAGGUCGAGGCAUCAUCGUAGACUCCACUUGCCGCCACUUCGACAUCCACGACACUUCCUGCUCCUGUUCCUGGUACUGCCGCAUCAGGUGCAGCGACCCUGCAUUCAUGAUCUCUUCCACUGCCAGCUCACUUCGUGCUGUUGUUGUUGUUGUUGUUGU